UGCCGACCCCAUCCAACUGCCGCGCGCCAAGCUACGCUACACCUUGCACUUGCUUAUAAACCCUCUCUUCGCUUCGGUCUUCGCCAGACGCCACCGUUCCCUUCCCUGCGUCGAAGCAAGCGCAGGGCCGAUGGACCUCGACGCCGACAUGAUCCCCUCCUCCCCCUCCGCCGACUACUCCUCGCCGUCCUCCUCCGAUCUCGACACCGAGUCAACGGGGUCGUUCUUUCCCGACCGGAGCACGACGCUGGGGACGCUGAUGGGGGUGUCGGCGUUCGGCGGCGGGCAGCGUCGUGCGGCGAGGACGCCGGCUGGGGCGGAGAGGGAGAGGGCGCCGCUGGCGGCGCAGCCGCCGCCGGAGGAGGAGGAGGAGGAGGGGAGGCGCGCGAGCCGGUGGCGACGGCGGAGGAGCAGGCGCCAGCGCCGCGGCCGCAGCCUCGGCGGGAGCUGGUGGCGGCUCUGCCGCGACGACGCCGGAGGGCCGCCGACUUCGCUGGGCGAGUUCCUCGACAUGGAGAGGCAGCUCGCGGGCGCGGACUUCCUCUGCGACGGCGUUACCAGCGGCGCGGACCGGGAGACGGCGGCGGCGGCGUCCGUGCAGGCCACGGCGCUGUUCGAGGACGGGAGGGUGCGCCCACCGCAGCCGCAGCCGCCGCCUGCUGCCGAAGAGCGCGGGAGGUGGCGGCUGCAGAGAGCGGCGGAGGGGUCGUCCUCCGCCUCCGCCUCCUCGUCGCUGGCGAGGCUGCCGGUGCUGCUCACCGGCAUCUGCAGCGGCGGCGCCGGGUAGAGGGGGCUAUUCUUGCAAUUAAGCAGCUUUCGAGGGGUAGAUUGUGUGAAAGUGGAGUGAACGCUUCUUUGUCUCCCUUCUUUUUUUCUUCUUUCCUCCUACGGAUUCUUUUGUUCUUGUCCUCUUCUCUCCCUUUCUUGUUUCUUCAAUGAUUACUAUUUUGCUUUGGGCCUUUAGCUCAGUACAAACUUGUUUAUGCCCUACCCUUUUGCUCACUAAUCCUAAUCUAUUCUGCACAGGAACAAAACAAAACAUAGUGAAAGCCAUGUAUGCUAUAAGGUGGUAUUCUAGUUGUGUAGAUGCACUGACAAUUUGCAAUGAUCCGUUUAUAAAUUCGCACCUACUCCAUGGAUGAAAUGGCCGAGUACUAGUAUUUGGUUGCGAGUGAAGUAGCAACAAUGGUACAGUAGCUACACAGUACUAUCAAUUCCGUAGCAUUGCUGUAAAUUAGGAAAAGGGCAGUGACGGGGACUCCUCUCGUUCUAUAUGUUUGUCUAGAUUUAUUAAUUUAUCAAUGCGUAUGUUUUGUAUGUGUAUAGAUUCAUUAGGAUACAAAUAAAUCUGGGCAAGUUCUAACAGUUUUGUAAUAUGAAACGGAAAGAAUACAUUGUUAGCUCCAAUCUAUGUGUGACCAAGUGAAUUUGUCUCUAAGAGCAUGAUCAAUAGAGAGGCUACUUUGAGAAAUGAUCUCAACAUGUUAGGGGGAUCAAGGCAUACA